CGUUUUUAGGAUUAUUAAGUCUUUUUAACUCAUCUACAGUUCAGUAUUGUUUGCAUUGACUUUUGUGUCGGACGUCGCACUCCUGCCUCUUCCUGUGACGGCACUCUGACCAAUCAAUGGCUGGCUGUCUGACAACGCCACACAGUUCAGCUCAUUUGGAACCUUGCCAUGUCCUGUACAAUGAUAAUUUUAACUCAUUAUCAUACCGAAGGAUGUUUGGUCUACAACAGGUACAUAAAAUACCACACUCGUCCAGACACAGUAAAGCCUAAAAAGCAGAGUAAAUAGUAAAAUGUGUUAUCUUAUACUAUUGUCAGACCUGUUGUAAAUGGCUGCAGGCUGAAUUGAGUGGUCUACAGUCCUCACCUUCAAACAGAAAAUACAGCUGACCUCUGGGUUUGGCUUGUCCAAGCCUGGAGCCUCCUUUGACUGGAGCCUAAUCAAAUGUGUUGUUUUAUUAUUGCAUAUUAGAGGAAGUGAAAUGUAAAUGUGCAACUAAUCUGACAUAAAUGUACAGUAUAUUAAGAACCAAAAACUUUGGUGUUGGCUGCUCCUCUCUCCAUUUACUUUGCACACAGCUCUUUCCCGGUGCUGCAAGACUGACUCAAAACUUCCUAUGCUGCAAAUAAACCUAAAACAAAAAUGUAAAUAGUCUAAAAGAGAACAGGUAGACAAUACAAAAAUGUGUGUCAAUGUUGGCUGAGAGUUGUAGAAAUGGAGAAAUAACCUUGGGUCAUUUGUUGUGUUUGAAACGAGUGUCUGUCCAUGUUCUUCAUCAUAUGAGAGCAAAAGAGGUGACUCCAAAAGGUCAUUAUUUUAUUAACCUGAGGCUGAAAUUCAGCUCUCGUGUCUGCCCUGCAGCUUUAAAGAUCAGAAGCAGUAAAAUCUGUUACUGGAAGACUGGAGUCAUAAUGUUUUGCCAUUGUAACUGGCAGGUAAUUACUUACUGCCUAAUGACGAGUUAGAUAAUUGUCUAAGUGUUUUGUCUUUGUUCUCUGUUGUUUUCAUCUUGUAUUGUGCAACGCAAUGAACAAGUCAAAUUAUGUUUAGUCCAUGAAGCAACGUGAACUGAGGUCAUUGAAAAUACAGCAAGCACAUUUUCUCUGCAAGUAUAAUUUUCCAAAAAUAACUACGGCAAGAAAAGAAGUAAUGUAGAAAAUGCUUUUCUGUCAGAUAUUUUUGGAAUAGCAUGCAUUGUGUGUGUGUGUGUUCAUGAAUCAUAGAUAUGACACACUGACAUUCAAAGAAUGUGUUUGCUGUCCCAUAUAUUCUAUGUGGAAAGUGCAUGCUGCUCUCAUUUCCUAUAGGAUUUAUGUGAGUUUGUCUUUGUCUCUUUCAUUUAUAAACAAGAAUCCAACCUGUCUCCCUGUCCCCUGACUUUCAGUGUCUCCAUUCCCUCAAUUCAAUACAAAUAUAGUGUCAAUACAAGUGAAUUUUCUUGUCAGGGUUGUGUCAUGCUUUUGUUGUUAAAAUCAAUGGUUGUUAUCCAUGUUGCAGAAAAUCACCCUGCAAUAUCUGCUCAUCUUUGUAAAGAAAUCCAUAAUGCAUUCAUAUAUUGUUCUAAUUCCAAUUUUUCACAUUUCCUAAAUUAGAUCAUGAAGUAUGCUGAAAGCCCCGAAACGAUACAACAACACUUAAACUUGAGUGCUUUUAUUGAGUCCCAUUAAAAACCCGUUAAAUGUGGCAUAUUGCCACGAUGCCAUCACUUCUUCCUGUGUCAUCCUGUCUCAGCGGUCUCUCUUUUUGCUCCUCAAAUGAUUUUACAUGACUUCAGUGAUGUAUUUUUUGGCACCGUCACUGUUGCACACACAUACGCAGUGCAGGGUUACAGUCUUAUUUUUAGUUUUGUCUGUCCUUCACUCUUUCUCUCUGUUGCUUGACGUUGUCUUCUGUCGUUCUGUUUGUUGUUGUUGUCCUGUUGCUCCACGUUUGCUUCAAAGCUUGUUUUUCUUUGUUCUCUGCCUUUAUUAACACCAACACACCUACUUUUCCUUGCCUCCUUUUAUUCCCUGUCAUUAUCUGGAGAUUUUACCCUUCUUUCCCAUUUGUUUUUUAUUUUCUGUCCUCUCUCCUGCUUUGCACUCUUUCUCUCUUUUCUUAUGAUUUAGUUUCCUUCUCAACUGCAUCUUCUCAUUCUUUCUUUUCCCCAUUUCUGUUUAUUUUAUUUUCCUCUUUUCCUUUCCUUUCAUAGUUGAGCAGUUCCAGGCAGCAAGUGUUUCAAGGGGCAGUUGUUUCCAUAAUUUCCCUCCAUUGAUAUAAAUACAUAUUACAGAACUAUUACAACACAUUAGAUCCACUUAGCUGCAUUUUGGACCUGUAAUCAUAUGUCUCCCAGGAAAUAAUUAAAACUGAUUCAAAUAGUUUAUCCAUUUCAAUAUCCAAAAACUAAAAUACCUGCCAAGAUUUCAGGUUCUUACUGGCGUCAAUCUUGAUUUAUUGCAUGAUUACGACUUUAAGGAUGGAUAUUUUAAGUGGUGACAUCUAUUUUCUUUAUUUAGAAGCAAUUAUGUUAUUGAUUGGAGCUUAAUCUCCAAAUCAUUUGGUGGUAAACAGCCUUUGUUGAGGGUCUGGCAUCAGUCAGAGUGCUGACAAGUGCAGCAUGUAUUGUUCAUCUCAAUCCCCCCUCACUCGUUCGCUCUCUCUUAUAUCUCUCAAUUCAAUUACUCAAUACUUAAUUGGCAUUAAAGUUUCAAAAUAGACAGAAAAUAAUGAUACAGCACUUUGUGUUUGUGUACGUGUGUUGUAUGGGUAUCUUUGUGUGUAUGUGUGUGCGUGCGUGCUCCUGUUUGCUAAUGGAUCUUGUCUGAAUCAUUAAUGAGCUCAUUGAUUUGAUGAAUAUCUGAUCCCCCUCCUAAAGCUGGUCACUCAGCUUCAGGCUGGAGGACAAAACAUGAUCAGAUUAAAUGUUAAUGAUCACAUGCUGCGAACUACAAAGAAAAAAAUUGAAUUGAAUUUAAAUUUAACAUUAAACAUUACAUUUAUGAUGAAUAGCUGUGGAUUAUUUACAAUAUCAAUCUAUAUGUGGAUAUACUGUAUGUUGAAGUUAAACUCCAAAGCCAUUGGGGGUUGGGCAUUGACUGUAAAACUAAUUAUGACAAUUUACUGUAUACAUUUACAAUAAAUCCUAGAUUGCGGUCUCAACGCAGGAACAAAACCGAACAUGAAUUGCAGUCGUUGAUAUGUUGUGUGUGGAGUUUAUCUUAACUUUACCUUUACCUUUGCCUCCACCUAUUGGUUGUUUUGUGUAAGUACAAACACGUACUUCUUUUUAAACCCAUGUGUACAGUGAAAGGCAUGUUCCUCCUGAUUAACAUGUUUAAAUGGGAUAUUUCACAUGCUCAUCCCUCAGCUAAUGAUAUCAAAUCCUUAUUUUAACUUAAACAAAUGUAUCUCAUAUGUUUAGAUCAGCUUCCCCUGUGAUGUUAAAAAUAAAAAAACCAUCAACUGAAAAUAUGAUGUAAAACAAAAUGACCUCAACUACGUCAUUUACAUAAAUGUAAUUUGAGCAAAAGACAAUAACUGUGUGCACAGCUACAUUCAUGAACUUUAUCACUGACCCUGGAGACCAGCAGUUUUUAUUGUGGAGCCUAUAGAGCACCUUCACAUGACUUUACAUUUAGUUUUUUAAGUUUUAUUAUCAUGGGUACAAAUAAAGUGACUUGACUUGACUUGCAAUGUUUUUUUUUUUCUCCACUGCAGAGAAAGAUCUGAGGGAAGGGUGGAGACUGAAACCUAUCCUGCAGCCGUCUGGGGGCUGAAGUCAGAGUCCAGCUGCACCUCUGUCCCUCUGCUCCCUCUCAGUGCAGAGCUGCUGAAUCGACCCCAGCUCUACAAUGGAGAGAGCGGAACUGUUGGCCGUGUGUCUGCUGUGCUGGAGCUGCAGUGUGUGUGUGGUUACAGCCAUCCAGAGGGCUGACAUGUUUCCUUAUGGCACUAUAAGUGGAGAUUUAAUACUGGCUGAGGGCGACGAUGAAACCUCCAGAGUGCUGACCCUGCCCAAAGCCUUGUACUUCUACAACUCCCCCUUCACCCAGCUAUAUGUGGCCACCAAUGGAAUCAUAUCAGCCCAGGACCUGCCGAUGGAAAAGCAAUAUGUGGACGAUGGCUUCCCCACAGAUUUCCCUGUGGUGGCUCCGUUCCUUGCUGACAUUGACACCAGUGGUGGACAAGGACAAAUUUACUACCGCGUUACAGAAACUCCCAGUGUGCUCAACAGAGUGGCCCAGGAAGUGCACAGAGGAUUCCCCGGUGCAAAAUUCACACCCACACAUGCUGUGGUGGCAACAUGGGAGAACGUGGCGGCACAUGAAGAGCAAAGUCGAACUGUUAGGCCGUCAAACAAGAUCAACACUUUCCAGGCAGUUAUCGGUUAUGAUGAGAUCGACUCAUACGUCAUCUUUCUCUACCCUGAAGGUGGUUUGAACUUCUUUGGAACACGACCCAAGGAGUCAUAUAAUGUUGAGAUAGAGUUUCCUGCAAGAGUUGGCUUCAGCAGAGGUGAAAUUCCAUACCUAAUCUUUUCUCGAACUGAGGGACCUUACUACAGUGUUAUUGGUGAAGAUCAGAGUAUUCAAAACCUUUACCAGGUUGGUAAUACAGGAAUACCAGGUAUCUGGCUUUUCCAUACUGGGAACCAUUAUUCUUUCGACAACAUUGUCCCUGCAUCCAUCAGUGGCCUCCUUGCUACUUCUCCAACUGGAGGCCUCCCAUUGGACACAACCACACCUGAAUACGCUGAGUUUGAGGAAUACCCAUACAAUACCUUUGAACCUGAUAACCAAGAGGAAGAGGAAGAGGAGGAGGAAGAGGAGGAUGAUUACCCUUUGACAGGUGGGGACCCUGAAUUCCAGACAGCACCUGAUGGUGGUGACCAAUCAGAGUCUCUUCAACCAUCAAGCCCUGGUGCUCCUUCAGAGGACCCUGGACAUCACGUGCCACAUGGCAGUGAAGACGUACCAUUGACUUCAGAACCCAGGUACGGUUCAGAACCAGCAGAGCGGCAGUAUGUUCCCCCAAAUCCCCCAGAGGCACCAGCAGAGGGAGGUUAUCGGCAUCAUCAGGAGCAGCAGCCACAGGAUCCUCUGGAGGUGGUGGAUGUGUACCCACCUCAAAGAAAUGAACCACGUCUUUCCCCCGGAGGUCAUGUGGUCAGCGUGGAUGAGGAGGAUGUUGAUUUUGACACAGGAGUGAUUCAGUACACUACAGAGAAUAAAGAAACAUGUGCCAGAUUCCAGCAACAGUGCUCCCAGAAUGCAUUUUGCACUGAUUAUGCAACAGGCUACUGCUGCCACUGCCAGUCUGGCUUCUAUGGAAAUGGACGCCACUGUCUUCCUGAGGGUGCCCCUCAGCGUGUCAGUGGUAAGGUGAGUGGAACUGUCACAGUGGGAUCCACUCCAGUAACCCUGAACAACAUUGACCUCCAUGCCUACAUCGUGGUGGGUGACGGAAGAGCGUACACUGCCAUCAGUGAGGUACCUGAACCAGUGGGCUGGGCUCUGAUGCCAGUUGCACCAAUUGGAGAGUUGUUUGGAUGGUUGUUUGCUCUAGAGCUGCCCAACAGCCAAGCAGGGUUCAAAACCACAGGUGCUGAGUUCACUCGCCAUGCUGAGGUCAUCUUUUACCCUGGCAACCAGCACCUGUCAAUCAUUCAGACUGGCCGUGGCCUUGACGACCACAACCACCUCACUGUGGACACUGUUGUCAGCGGCAGCGUGCCCUUCAUACCUCCUGGAGCUGAAGUUACCAUUGAUCCCUUCAAGGAGAUCUACCAGUACUACCCAUCUGUUGCCACAUCCACUUCUGUGAGGGAGUUUUCAGUAGUUUCGGCAGAACGAGGAUCGGAGUCCUUCUCCUUCCAGCUCAAACAAAAUGUCACCUUCCGUGACUGUCGUCAUGACAACCGCGCCACUGCCCUGGAGACGCUACAGAUCACUAUGGAGAGGGUGUUUGUCAUGUAUGUCAAGGAGGAGCGGAUCCUGAGAUACGCCAUCACCAACAAGAUCAGCCCAGUUGGAGUUGAGCCAACUGGGCCAGAGUUGGUUAACCCCUGCUACGCUGGGAACCACGACUGUGACACCACAGCCAUGUGUAUCCCACUUGACGGCCAGGCCUUCCAGUGCCAGUGUGCUACUGGUUACAGAGGGGAUGGACGCAACUGUUAUGAUGUCGAUGAGUGUGCUGAGGGUUCGAGUCCAUGUAGUGCUCAUGCUCAGUGUGUGAACCUGCCCGGCAGCCACCGCUGUCAGUGCCAGAGUGGCUAUGAGUUUGGCUUCGAUGGGCGUACAUGUGUUGAUAUCGAUGAGUGUAGCUCGUCUCCAUGUCAUGCCAAUGCCAGAUGUAUCAAUGGACUAGGAUCUUUUGAGUGUCGUUGUGAGCUGGACUUUUAUGGUGAUGGUUUCUUCUGUACCACGCAAGAUGGUCAGACAGUUCGUCCAAAAAGCCAGUGUGAGCAGCACAGAGAUAGUCUGCAGAGUGGAGUCGAUCUAAAUGGACAGCCAAGUGUUGGAGCCUUCGUCCCCCAGUGCGACUCUGAUGGGCGGUACCGACCACUGCAGUGCCAUGGUUCCACUGGACAUUGUUGGUGUGUGGACAGUUGGGGACAGGAGAGACCAGGAACCAGGACUCCACCUGGUACAGCACAUGGAGACUGUGACAGACCAGAUGAACCAGUGCGUCCUAAAACCUACUGUGAGCAGCACAGAGACAGUGUCCAGACCACCAGUCCAGAGGGAUAUCCUAUUUUGGGAGUAUUUGUACCUGAGUGUGAUGCUAAUGGACAAUACAAGCCAUCACAGUGCCACAGCUCCACUGGGCAUUGUUGGUGCGUGGACAGUAGUGGACAGGAGAGAGCAGGAACCAGGACUCCACCUGGAACACAAUCUGUCGACUGUGACAAACCAGAUGAACCAGCACGUCCUAAAACUCACUGUGAACACCACAGAGACAGUGUACAGACCACCAGUCCAGAGGGAUAUCCUAUAUUAGGAGCUUAUGUACCCCAGUGUGAUGCUAAUGGACAGUACAUACUGCUGCAGUGUCAUGGUUCAACUGGAUAUUGUUGGUGUGUAGACAGUAGAGGAGAGGAGAAAGCAGGAACCAGGACACCGCCUGAUGGACUGACUCCAGACUGUGACAAACCAGAUGAACCAGUGCGUCCUAAAACUCACUGUGAGCACCACAGAGACAGUGUACAGACCACCAGUCCAGAGGGAUAUCCUGUAGUCGGAGCCUACAUCCCCCAGUGUGAUGCGAAUGGAGAAUACACAUCACUGCAGUGUCAUGGCGCUACUGGACAUUGUUGGUGCGUGGACAGUAGGGGACAGGAGAGAGCAGGAACCAGGACACAACCUGGUGCACAACCUAAAGACUGUGAUGAACCAGAUGAGCCAGUGCGUCCUAAAACUCGCUGUGAGCACCACAGAGACAGUGUGCAGACCACCAGUCCAGAGGGAUAUCCUAUCGCUGGAGCCUAUGUUCCCCAGUGUGAUGCAAAUGGACAGUACAUAAGACUGCAGUGUCAUGGUUCUACUGGACAUUGUUGGUGCGUGGACAGUAGUGGACAGGAGAGGGCAGGGACCAGGACUUCACCUGGUGCACCAUCUGUAGACUGUGAUAAACCAGACGAACCAGUGCGUCCUAAAACACACUGUGAGCACCACAGAGACAGUGUACAGACCACCAGUCCAGAGGGAUAUCCUAUAUUAGGAGCCUAUGUCCCCCAGUGUGAUGCUAAUGGACACUACAAACCUCAACAGUGUCAUGGUUCUACUGGACAUUGUUGGUGCGUGGACAGUAGUGGACAGGAGAGGGCAGGGACCAGGACUUCACCUGGUACACCAUCUGUAGACUGUGAUAAACCAGAAGAACCAGUGCGUCCUAAAACACACUGUGAGCACCACAGAGACAGUGUACAGACCACCAGUCCAGAGGGAUAUCCUAUAUUAGGAGCCUAUGUCCCCCAGUGUGAUGCUAAUGGACACUACAAACCUCAACAGUGUCAUGGUUCUACUGGACAUUGUUGGUGCGUGGACAGUAGUGGACAGGAGAGGGCAGGGACCAGGACUUCACCUGGUACACCAUCUGUAGACUGUGAUAAACCAGAAGAACCAGUGCGUCCUAAAACACACUGUGAGCACCACAGAGACAGUGUGCAGACCACCAGUCCAGAGGGAUAUCCUAUAUUAGGAGCCUAUGUCCCCCAGUGUGAUGCUAAUGGACACUACAAACCUCAACAGUGUCAUGGUUCUACUGGACAUUGUUGGUGCGUGGACAGUAGUGGACAGGAGAGAGCAGGGACCAGGACUUCAUCUGAUGCACCAUCUGUAGACUGUGAUAAACCAGACGAACCAGUGGGUCCUAAAACUCACUGUGAGCACCACAGAGACAGUGUACAGACCACCAGUCCAGAGGGAUAUCCUAUAUUAGGAGCCUAUGUCCCCCAGUGUGAUGCUAAUGGACAGUACAUAACACUGCAGUGUCAUGGCUCUACUGGACAUUGCUGGUGUGUGGACAGUAGAGGACAGGAGAGAGCAGGGACCAGGACUUCACCUGGUACACCAUCUGUAGACUGUGACAAACCAGAUGAACCAGUGCGUCCUAAAACUCACUGUGAGCACCACAGAGACAGUGUCCAGACCACCAGUCCAGAUGGAUAUCCUAUAAUUGGCACCUAUGUUCCCCAGUGUGAUGUUAAUGGACAGUACAUAUCUCUACAGUGUCAUGGCUCUUCUGGACAUUGUUGGUGCGUGGACAGUAUUGGUCAAGAGAGAGCAGGAACCAGGACUCCACCUGGUACACAACCAAAAGACUGUGAUGAACCAGAUGAACCAGUGCGUCCUAAAACCCACUGUGAGCAGCACAGAGACAGUGUCCAGACCACCAGUCCAGAGGGAUAUCCUAUCGCUGGAGUGUUUGUACCUGAGUGUGAUGCUAAUGGACAAUACAAAUCUCUACAGUGCCAUGGUUCAACUGGACAUUGUUGGUGUGUGGACAGUAGGGGAGAGGAGAGACCAGGAACCAGGACUCCACCUAGUAUACCAUCUGUCGACUGUGACAAACCAGAUGAACCAGCGCGUCCUAAAACUCACUGUGAACACCACAGAGAGCGAGUCCAGACCACCAGUCCAGAGGGAUAUCCUGUAAUUGGAGCAUAUGUGCCCCAAUGUGAUGCUAAUGGACAGUACAUACCACUGCAGUGCCAUGGCUCCAGUGGACAUUGUUGGUGUGUGGACAGUAGAGGACAGGAGAGAACAGGAACCAGGACUCCGCCUGGUACACAACCUAGAGACUGUGACAAACCAGAUGAACCAGAACGUCCUAAAACUCAGUGUGAACACCACAGAGACAGUGUGGACACCACCAGUGCAGAGGGAUAUUCUAUAUCUGGGGUCUACGUACCUCAGUGUGAUGCAGAAGGACAGUACCUACCUCAGCAGUGUCACGCUUCCACUGGACAUUGUUGGUGUGUGGACAGUAGGGGACAGCAGAGAGCAGGAACUAGGACUUCACCUGGUACAGCACCUGUAGACUGUGACAAACCAGUCCAUGUAGCUCCGACCCAGCGCCCUGAGAGCGUGUGUGAACGAUGGAGGGCCAGUUUGAUUGAGCAUUAUGGUGGGAAACCUGACCCACAACAAUAUGUGCCCCAGUGUGACCCAGAUGGACAGUUCAGUCCAGUCCAGUGUUAUGGAGAGACCACUUACUGCUGGUGUGUGGACCAGGACGGGCGUGAGGUUCCUGGCACUCGAUCACAUGAUGUUGUCAAACCGGCAUGCAUCCCCUCAGUGGCUCCACCCACCGUUCGACCAUUGCCCCGUCCUGAUGUGACCCCGCCUCCAAAUGCUGACAUCACGCUGCUGUACGCUCAGGGACAGAAAAUAGGAGCGUUGCCUCUUAAUGGGACCAAACUAGAUGCAAACCACUCUAAAACACUAUUGACUCUGCAUGGUUCCAUAGUAGUUGGUAUAGCCUACGACUGCAAAGAGAACCAUGUCUACUGGACAGAUUUGUCCGCAAGAACCAUCAGCAGAGCUUUAUUGGCACCUGGAGCAGAGCCGGAGAUACUCAUUAACACAAAUCUGGUCAGUCCUGAGGGUUUAGCUGUGGACACCAAACGUAGGUUGAUGUUCUGGGUCGACUCAACCCCUGAUGUGAUUGAAAGCGCCAACCUCGAUGGCAGCGGGAGGAAGACACUGUUUGACACAGACUUGGUCAACCCCCGGGCCAUCAUUGUGGUCUCUUCCACUGGCACUCUGUACUGGACAGACUGGAACAGAGAGGCUCCGAAGAUCGAGUGUGCGACGGUGGACGCUAAGAACCGCAGAGUGGUGGUGUCCGACGGGAUUGGUCUGCCAAACGCUCUCACGUACGACUCUUCGUCGGGACAAAUCUGCUGGGCUGAUGCAGGUACAAAGCGUUUAGAGUGUAUAUCUCCAGAUGGCACAGGUCGCAGAGUGAUCCACCCCACCCUCAACUACCCAUUCAGCAUGGUUUACUACAGGAACCACUUCUACUACACAGACUGGAGGAGGGACGGUGUGAUCGUAGUGAGCAAAGAGGGCAGUCAGUUCACGGACGAAUACCUGCCUGACCAGCGUUCUCACCUUUACGGCAUCACCAUAGCAACUACCCAGUGUCUAUCAGGGAGCCACUAAUGACAGGCGGGCAGCUGCAGUCCUUUGGUGCUAAAUUCUGGGUUGAUUCCUGAAAAGAGGAUAGGACCACACCUCACCAGGUUCCCUCAGAGAAAAAGGGCGAAUAACGGGGCACAAGAUGGCUUCCUGCUGUCACACUGACUGUCAGAGAAAACUCCUCCACACACCCCUGACCCCAUUAUCUCACCUUAAAGAUAUAACCCCAAAAUAAGUGUUGUGUACAUUUGUUUUAUACCUCAUUUUUUUAGUUUUUUUUCUAGUGUAUUUUUUUAAAGUGAAUUUUCUAUGGAUAAAAGCUACGCCAUGAAAUUGGAUUUUAAAUGUACGAAUAUGGGUUUUUGUGUUUUUAAAGCCAAAGAAUGACAGAUGUGAAGAGCGUCAAGACAAACUGUUGAAACUGAAGUUCUUCUGUGAAACUGUGCAUCUUUCUUUCUUUCUGGUGAGGUGGCUACAGUGGCUGUUAGACUCUGCAUCAUCUUCUUUUAAAGACUAACUAAAGAAAAUCUAUUUUCUUGACAAGAGUUAGAUGGGAAAUUAAUACUCUGGCUUCAUAUUUUAAGUCCAGAUAUACUGACUCUCGGCAAGAAACAGAAUUACUGCAUCACCCGAAAAAUACCAACCUCUUUAAACAAAUGUUAUAUUCUGUAAUCUGAUUAUGCGUAAUCCAUUUCCCUCAGCCUGCUGUGCCAGAUGUUUCACUGUGACUAAAGAUCAGCCACAUUUCUCUGCACUAACCUGUAUUUCACACUUUUUAUUUUUUUGCAAAAGUAUUUUUUACUACAUCAACUACAUUUGAAAUCUUUAUCUUUUUAUAAGAUGUGAUAUUUAUAACAAUAAAAAUGUGAUUUGGUACA